AUGGAGCUGCCGCCGAGUCACUACCCCGCCACCCGGGCGGCGGCGCUGGCCGCCGGCUACGUCUGCUACCGGCGGGGGGGCCCCGGGCGCGGCCUGGCGCUGCGGGCCCUCCGCCGCGCCUGCAGGCAGGACGUCGAUGAUGUUGGGCGUAAGUACCAUCUGGAAUUGGUGCUAGAAGACGUCCUUGACAAAGACAGCACUGUUAACUGCACUGCUGAGGUUCUUUAUCAUCUGGGCAACAAAAACAUUGCUCCAGGUGUGCAAUUCACAAUUGAAGGAGAACUUAAGAACACAGAUGAAGCAGAUAACAUGUUCUACAAUCGAAUCAAGAGCCUGGAAAAAGAGCUCGUGGCAGAAAACAUACCAGACAGCCACGGCAACGUGUCCCCAGAAAUGGAGCCCGUCCGCCUGCUAGCGUGGGUCGCCUCUGGCUACGUGAUAUGGCAGAACUCAACUGAAAACACUAAGUUCCAACUUUCCCAAAUUAAACAUGUGAAGCAAGUGAAAAGAAGCGAUGAAUAUCUUGAAUUUGACUACACGAUUCUACUUCACGAAAUGGUGUCCCAGGAGAUCAUUCCCUGGCAAAUGACAGUUCUCUGGCACCCACAGCAUGGUGUUCAAGUCACACAGGACAGCCGUCAGCCAAAACACGCAUCAGAAUAACGGACCACCUGAUACCGCAACGAAAGAAGCUCAAAUGCUACAAUAAGCAUUUGAAGGGAGGGCAGAUAAGUUGAUGAGGGUGGAUAUGCAAUCAAGGUACAAAGAAUAAAGUCCUUCCUCAAUUAAA